GCGGCGGCGGCAGUAGAGGUGACCGAGGCGGUGGCGGUGGAGGCGGCACCGAGCGCUGUGUCGGCCCCGGUGCGGCCGAAGUCGCGGUAGAGCGUAGCCCCCACGCCCCUCCCCCGUCCGCGCCCUCCCUCUUUCCCUGGGGAUGGAGAAGGCGACGGUUCCGGUGGCGGCGGUGGCGGCGGCGGCGGCGGCAGCAGCAGCUGAGGGAGAAGGGAGCCCCCCGGCGGUGGCGGCUGUGGCGGGCCCCCCCGCGGCGGCGGCGGAGGUCGGCGGCGGCGCUGGCGGCGGCAGCGGGGCUCGCUCGGCCUCGUCUCCUCGUGGGAUGGUGCGAGUCUGCGACCUGCUCCUAAAGAAAAAGCCGCCGCCGCAGCAGCAGCAGCACCAUAAGGCCAAGCGUAACCGGACUUGCCGACCCCCCAGUAGCAGCGAAAGCAGCAGCGACAGCGACAACAGCGGCGGCGGUGGAGGCGGCGGAGGCGGAGGAGGUGGCGGCGGCGGCACCAGCAGCAACAACAGCGAGGAAGAGGAGGACGACGACGACGAGGAAGAGGAGGUUUCUGAGGUGGAGUCCUUUAUUUUGGAUCAGGAUGAUUUGGAAAAUCCAAUGCUGGAAACGGCUUCCAAGUUGCUCUUGUCAGGUACUGCUGAUGGUGCAGACCUCAGGACAGUAGAUCCAGAAACACAAGCUAGACUGGAAGCUUUACUAGAAGCUGCAGGAAUAGGCAAAUUAUCCACGGCUGAUGGUAAAGCCUUUGCAGAUCCUGAAGUGCUCCGGAGGUUGACAUCAUCUGUUAGUUGUGCGUUGGAUGAAGCUGCUGCUGCACUUACCCGUAUGAGAGCUGAAAGCACAGCAAAUGCAGGGCAGUCGGACAACCGCAGUUUGGCAGAAGCCUGUUCAGAAGGAGAUGUAAAUGCUGUGCGAAAGUUACUCAUUGAAGGGCGGAGUGUAAAUGAACACACCGAGGAAGGGGAGAGCCUUCUUUGUUUAGCUUGUUCUGCUGGAUACUAUGAGCUUGCGCAGGUUUUGUUGGCAAUGCAUGCAAAUGUGGAAGAUAGGGGAAUCAAAGGUGACAUUACACCUUUAAUGGCUGCUGCUAAUGGAGGACAUGUCAAAAUUGUGAAGUUGCUGCUAGCUCAUAAAGCCGAUGUCAAUGCACAGUCUUCAACAGGCAAUACAGCACUUACAUAUGCUUGUGCUGGAGGCUAUGUAGAUGUUGUAAAGGUGCUCUUGGAAUCCGGUGCUAGUAUUGAGGACCAUAAUGAAAAUGGUCAUACUCCUCUUAUGGAAGCUGGAAGUGCUGGACAUGUGGAAGUAGCCAGAUUGCUGCUAGAAAAUGGGGCUGGCAUUAAUACGCAUUCCAAUGAAUUUAAAGAGAGUGCCCUUACAUUAGCUUGUUACAAAGGACACCUAGAGAUGGUGCGGUUUCUUUUGGAAGCAGGCGCAGAUCAAGAGCAUAAAACAGAUGAAAUGCACACUGCUCUAAUGGAGGCUUGCAUGGAUGGCCAUGUUGAAGUAGCUAGGUUACUUCUUGACAGUGGUGCCCAAGUGAACAUGCCUGCUGAUUCAUUUGAGUCACCAUUGACUUUGGCUGCAUGUGGUGGGCAUGUGGAACUUGCAGCUUUACUUAUUGAAAGAGGAGCUAGCCUGGAGGAGGUCAAUGAUGAAGGUUAUACACCAUUGAUGGAAGCAGCUCGUGAAGGACAUGAAGAAAUGGUGGCAUUACUUCUAGGCCAAGGAGCAAAUAUCAAUGCACAGACAGAAGAAACUCAAGAAACUGCCUUGACUCUGGCUUGCUGUGGAGGCUUUCUGGAAGUGGCAGACUUUCUGAUUAAGGCGGGAGCUGAUAUAGAACUAGGGUGUUCUACCCCUUUAAUGGAAGCUGCUCAAGAGGGUCAUUUGGAGUUAGUUAAAUACUUAUUAGCUGCAGGAGCUAAUGUUCAUGCAACAACAGCAACAGGGGAUACAGCACUAACAUAUGCCUGUGAAAACGGUCAUACUGAUGUAGCAGAUGUCUUACUUCAGGCAGGAGCAGAUCUGGAGCAUGAAUCUGAAGGUGGAAGAACUCCUUUAAUGAAAGCUGCAAGAGCUGGUCAUGUUUGUACAGUUCAGUUCUUAAUUAGUAAAGGAGCAAAUGUGAAUAGAACCACAGCUAAUAAUGAUCAUACUGUACUGUCCCUGGCUUGUGCAGGGGGUCAUCUGGCAGUGGUGGAACUACUCCUGGCUCAUGGGGCAGAUCCUACUCAUCGUUUAAAAGAUGGCUCGACUAUGUUGAUAGAAGCAGCAAAAGGUGGCCAUACAAGUGUUGUUUGCUAUCUUUUGGACUAUCCGAAUAACUUGCUUUCAGCCCCUCCACCAGAUGUCACUCAGUUAACCCCCCCAUCCCAUGAUUUAAAUAGGGCUCCUCGUGUACCAGUUCAAGCACUGCCCAUGGUUGUUCCACCACAGGAGCCUGACAAACCACCUGCCAAUGUUGCCACUACUCUUCCCAUCAGGAAUAAAGCUGCUUCUAAACAAAAGUCCAGCAGCCAUUUGCCAGCAAACAGCCAGGAUGUACAGGGUUACAUCACCAAUCAGUCUCCAGAGAGCAUUGUAGAAGAGGCUCAGGGAAAGUUAACAGAACUGGAACAGAGGAUAAAAGAAGCCAUAGAAAAGAAUGCACAGCUGCAGUCCUUGGAACUGGCUCAUGCUGACCAACUUACCAAGGAGAAGAUCGAGGAGCUGAACAAAACAAGGGAGGAACAAAUUCAGAAGAAACAAAAGAUUUUGGAGGAACUACAGAAAGUAGAACGAGAACUACAACUGAAAACUCAGCAGCAGCUAAAAAAGCAGUAUCUAGAGGUUAAAGCUCAAAGAAUUCAACUUCAGCAGCAGCAGCAACAGUCUUGCCAACAUCUGGGACUACUAACUCCUGUUGGGGUUGGAGAACAGCUUUCCGAGGGAGACUAUGCACGGUUACAGCAAGUGGAUCCUGUUUUGCUUAAAGAUGAACCCCAGCAGACUGCUGCUCAGAUGGGUUUUGCACCAAUCCAGCCUCUGGCCAUGCCUCAAGCUUUGCCUCUGGCGGCAGGUCCCUUGCCUCCAGGGUCCAUCGCAAAUCUUACAGAACUGCAAGGAGUGAUAGUUGGACAGCCAGUACUGGGCCAAGCACAGUUGGCAGGGCUGGGGCAAGGAAUUCUGACAGAAACACAACAAGGGUUAAUGGUAGCCAGCCCUGCUCAGACCCUCAAUGACACGCUGGAUGACAUCAUGGCAGCAGUCAGUGGAAGAGCAUCUGCAAUGUCAAACACUCCUACCCACAGUAUCGCUGCUUCCAUUUCCCAACCUCAGACUCCAACUCCAAGUCCUAUCAUCUCUCCUUCAGCCAUGCUUCCUAUCUACCCUGCCAUUGAUAUUGAUGCACAGACUGAGAGUAAUCAUGACACAGCGCUAACACUUGCCUGUGCUGGUGGUCAUGAGGAACUGGUACAAACACUGCUAGAGAGAGGAGCUAGUAUUGAGCACCGAGACAAGAAAGGUUUUACUCCACUCAUCUUGGCUGCUACAGCUGGUCAUGUUGGUGUUGUAGAAAUAUUGCUGGAUAAUGGUGCAGACAUUGAAGCCCAGUCUGAAAGAACCAAGGACACACCUCUAUCUUUGGCUUGUUCUGGGGGAAGACAGGAGGUGGUGGAGCUAUUGUUAGCUCGGGGGGCAAAUAAAGAGCACAGGAAUGUUUCUGAUUACACGCCUCUAAGCCUGGCUGCUUCUGGUGGCUAUGUGAACAUUAUCAAAAUAUUACUAAAUGCAGGAGCUGAGAUUAAUUCUAGAACUGGUAGCAAAUUGGGCAUUUCUCCUCUGAUGUUAGCAGCUAUGAAUGGGCACACAGCUGCCGUUAAGCUCCUGUUAGACAUGGGCUCUGACAUAAAUGCUCAAAUAGAAACCAAUCGGAACACUGCCCUUACAUUAGCCUGCUUCCAAGGAAGAACUGAAGUGGUUAGUCUUCUGCUUGAUAGAAAAGCAAAUGUGGAACACAGAGCUAAGACUGGCCUCACACCACUAAUGGAAGCUGCCUCUGGCGGAUAUGCAGAGGUGGGCCGAGUUCUUCUGGAUAAAGGUGCUGAUGUUAAUGCUCCUCCGGUGCCCUCCUCGAGAGAUACAGCUUUAACCAUAGCAGCAGAUAAAGGGCAUUAUAAAUUCUGUGAACUUCUCAUUGGCAGGGGAGCUCACAUUGAUGUACGUAACAAGAAGGGGAACACUCCAUUGUGGCUAGCAGCAAAUGGUGGACACCUCGAUGUGGUUCAGUUACUGGUGCAAGCAGGUGCAGAUGUGGAUGCAGCAGAUAAUCGCAAGAUUACUCCUCUCAUGGCAGCAUUUAGAAAGGGUCAUGUGAAGGUGGUACGCUACUUAGUCAAAGAAGUGAAUCAGUUUCCAUCAGAUUCUGAAUGUAUGAGAUACAUAGCAACCAUCACUGAUAAGGAGAUGCUGAAGAAGUGUCAUCUUUGUAUGGAAUCAAUAGUACAAGCCAAAGAUAGACAGGCUGCUGAAGCAAACAAAAAUGCCAGCAUUUUAUUAGAGGAGUUAGACUUGGAAAAGUUAAGGGAAGAAAGCCGGAGGCUAGCUUUGGCUGCUAAAAGAGAAAAGAGAAAAGAGAAGAGAAGAAAGAAAAAGGAAGAACAAAGAAGAAAACUAGAAGAAAUCGAAGCCAAAAAUAAAGAGAACUUUGAACUCCAAGCUGCUCAAGAAAAAGAAAAGCAUAAAGUUGAAGAUGAGCCUGAAGUCUUGACAGAGCCUCCAAGUGCCACAACCACUACGACCAUAGGUAUAUCUGCAACCUGGACAACUUUGGCAGGUUCCCAUGGUAAAAGAAAUAAUACCAUAACUACAACCAGUUCAAAGAGGAAAAACAGGAAAAAUAAAAUUAAUCCAGAAAAUGUUCAAAUUAUAUUUGAUGAUCCACUACCGAUCUCAUACAGUCAGCCAGAGAAGGUGAACGGAGAGUCCAAGAGCAGCAGUACCAGCGAGAGCGGAGACAGUGAUAACAUGAGGAUUUCCAGCUGUAGUGAUGAAAGUAGUAACAGCAACAGCAGCCGAAAGAGUGACAAUCAUUCACCUGCUGUGGUCACUACCACUGUGACCAGCAAGAAGCAGCCAUCUGUUCUGGUUACAUUUCCAAAGGAGGAGAGAAAAUCUGUUUCUGGCAAGGCUGCAAUAAAAUUGUCAGAGACUAUCAGUGAAGUGACCAGUAACUCUCUGUCCACUUGCACAAAAUCUGGUCCAUCUCCCCUUUCCUCUCCAAAUGGGAAGUUAACAGUAGCAAGUCCUAAACGUGGACAAAAGAGAGAAGAAGGAUGGAAAGAAGUUGUAAGAAGGUCAAAGAAAGUAUCUGUUCCAUCAACUGUGAUAUCUAGAGUGAUUGGAAGAGGAGGCUGUAACAUUAAUGCUAUUCGGGAGUUCACUGGUGCACACAUAGAUAUUGAUAAGCAGAAAGACAAGACAGGAGACCGGAUAAUAACUAUAAGAGGUGGCACUGAAUCAACAAGACAAGCAACUCAGUUGAUCAAUGCUCUGAUCAAGGAUCCAGACAAAGAAAUUGAUGAACUUAUUCCAAAGAAUCGUUUGAAAAGCUCCUCAGCAAAUUCCAAAAUAGGGUCAUCAGCACCUACCACCACUGCUGCUAACAGUUCCUUAAUGGGAAUUAAAAUGACGACUGUAGCUCUGUCAUCAACAUCUCAAACUGCCACAGCACUCACUGUGCCUGCAAUUUCUUCUGCAUCUACUCACAAAACCAUUAAGAAUCCAGUGAAUAAUGUGAGGCCUGGUUUUCCAGUUUCUCUUCCAUUAGCAUAUCCUCCUCCACAGUUUGCACAUGCUUUGCUUGCUGCUCAGACUUUCCAGCAGAUCCGUCCACCAAGGUUGCCCAUGACCCACUUUGGAGGUACUUUUCCACCAGCUCAAUCCACUUGGGGUCCUUUUCCUGUCAGGCCUUUGAGCCCUGCCAGAGCUACUAACUCGCCUAAGCCUCACAUGGUGCCUCGCCAUAGCAAUCAGAAUAGCAGUGGUUCUCAGGUGAAUUCAGCAGGUUCUUUAACUUCAAGUCCAACAACUACAACCAGUUCAUCAGCUUCAACGGUGCCUGGUACAUCUACAAAUGGCAGUCCAAGUUCUCCUUCUGUCAGAAGGCAGCUUUUUGUCACGGUUGUGAAGACAUCCAAUGCCACCACAACAACGGUCACAACCACAGCAAGCAACAACAGCACUGCACCCACAAAUGCCACAUAUCCUAUGCCUACUGCCAAAGAACACUACCCAGUAUCAUCCCCAUCUUCCCCAUCACCACCAGCCCACCCAGGAGGGGUUUCUAGAAACAGCCCCUUGGAUUGUGGAACAGCAUCUCCCAAUAAAGGGGCAUCUUCCUCUGAACAGGAAGCAGGUAGUCCACCCGUAGUAGAAACGGCAAACAGUAGACCUCCAAACAGCAGCAGUUCUUCUGGGAGUUCAUCAGUUCAUUCUACUCAGCAACAACCCCCGGGAUCUGUUUCUCAGGAGCCAAGACCACCUCUUCAGCAGUCUCAGGUUCCUCCCCCGGAAGUUAGAAUGACUGUUCCUCCUUUAGCAACAACAAGUUCUGCUCCAGUGGCGGUGCCUUCUACUGCCCCAGUGACUUACCCUAUGCCUCAAACACAAAUGGGAUGCUCCCAGCCUGCUCCUAAAAUGGAAACCCCUGCUAUUAGACCACCCUCUCAUGGCACAGCUCCCCCUCACAAGAAUCCAGCUCCAGUGCAAAAUUCAUCUGUUGCAGUCCUCAGUGUCAAUCACAUUAAACGACCUCACAGUGUUCCCUCUUCUGUCCAGCUACCUUCAACCUUAAGUACACAAAGUGCUUGUCAAAAUUCAGUACAUCCAGCAAAUAAGCCUAUAGCUCCCAAUUUUAGUGCUCCUUUACCAUUUGGGCCCUUUAGCACAUUGUUUGAAAACAGCCCUACUUCUGCUCAUGCCUUCUGGGGAGGAUCUGUUGUUUCAUCUCAGUCAACACCAGAAUCUAUGCUAUCAGGAAAAUCCUCAUAUUUGCCAAAUUCUGAUCCUUUACAUCAGUCUGAUACUUCCAAAGCUCCAGGUUUUCGACCACCAUUACAGAGACCUGCUCCAAGUCCCUCAGGUAUUGUCAAUAUGGACUCGCCAUAUGGUUCUGUAACACCUUCUUCUACACAUUUGGGGAACUUUGCUUCAAACCUUUCAGGAGGUCAAAUGUAUGGACCUGGGGCACCCCUUGGAGGAGCACCCGCAGCUGCUAACUUUAACAGACAACAUUUUUCCCCACUUAGUUUGUUGACUCCAUGUUCAUCAGCAUCAAAUGAUUCUCCUGCACAGUCAGUAUCCUCUGGAGUUCGUGCACCUUCUCCUGCCCCAUCAUCAGUACCUUUAGGGUCAGAAAAGCCCAGCAACGUCUCUCAGGACAGAAAAGUUCCAGUCCCUAUUGGGACUGAACGCUCUGCACGUAUCAGGCAAACUGGAACUUCAGCUCCAUCUGUUAUUGGGAGUAAUUUGUCCACUUCGGUAGGGCAUAGUGGCAUCUGGUCCUUUGAAGGGAUUGGUGGCAAUCAAGACAAAGUAGACUGGUGUAACCCUGGGAUGGGAAAUCCUAUGAUUCAUAGGCCAAUGUCUGAUCCAGGAGUGUUUUCACAGCAUCAAGCAAUGGAGAGAGAGAGUACAGGAAUUGUAACUCCUUCUGGUACAUUCCAUCAGCAUGUUCCUGCAGGAUACAUGGACUUUCCUAAAGUUGGGGGUAUGCCUUUUUCUGUGUAUGGGAAUGCAAUGAUUCCUCCAGUAGCACCUAUUCCUGAUGGUGCUGGAGGACCCAUAUUUAAUGGCCCUCAUGCUGCGGACCCCUCUUGGAACUCCCUGAUAAAGAUGGUUUCAAGCUCAACAGAAAAUAAUGGCCCUCAAACGGUGUGGACUGGACCUUGGGCACCUCACAUGAACAGUGUGCAUAUGAACCAGCUUGGCUGAUGAGGAUCAGCUUGUUAGCCUGCAGAUUCCUUUUUAUUCAGAGGAAAUCACAAGUGGCCGAAAAAAAAUUUAUGCUCCCAAAUCAUUCUACUGAUGUGCUUGACUGAAGUGUGUAGGCUUUUUGCAGAAGAACUUACUAACUGACCUAUUUUCUGUGAACAUUUGUGACUGCCCAUUCCCCAUCAUCAUCCGUUUUACCUUAGUUAGCAUUUUUCUUAUCAUUUUUCUUUUUUUCUUUCCCUCUUCCCCUUUGGACAUAACUUUCUGUUGAAGCUGUUCUUUGGCUGGUUGGUUUUAGUACUGUAAACUGCUUCUGAGCAAACACGGAAAUUUAGCAAAAUUAUGUAAACUUGAUCCUGAAGUUUUAGAAUGGCAAAUAAAUGUACAAUUGUUUACAUAACAGAAAAGGCUAAGCAGAAAGUAAAUUUCAAUAUGUCAGUAUAGAGGCUCUACUUUAUGUAGACUUAAAUUAAUGUGAGAUAUGUACCUUCAUAUUCAGAAAUCUGGAUGUUUCCUUCAUACAUUAAACUAUUAAUAAGCAUAA